AUGGCUGGCGCACUGCCCGACUACGGCUCCGACCCAUAUCAUCAAGCUUCACAAUCGAUCCCCCGCUCGCUUUCUGGCGCAUCGACGUCUGCUCUUGCAUACCAACUAGGACAGAGCUUGCAAAUCCCAGCGCAUGCCUCAGGAAAUAUGCCUGUGCAUCCUUCUUAUGGCUCUGGAUAUGCCACAAGUCCCUACCAGCAAGGCUACAUACCACAGCAAAGCGCACAUAAUGCUAUCUACCCCACAUACAACCCAAACCAGUCACGGUUACAGGGCGUUGCUCCUAUGCAGAACCCCUACCAGCCAUAUCCACAACCCUCUCAGUAUAUGUACUAUCCUGCACCUUACGCGGCGCCGGGGCAGUACCCUUCUGGCUUCACAGCGCAAGGCAUGCACAAUCAAACGACGUAUGGCAGGAGAGCCAGUUCGGUUACAGCUCAUAAUGGAAUUCCUGGCCAAGGUGUAGAGAUUUCUCCUCACGAGGGUGGCUUUGCAGGUCUGUCAGUCGGUAGUGCUGCUGCUCCAUUUGGCGCACCGUUCUAUCAAGGACCAGGUAUGUACGUCAAGGGUACGCCUCGUACAGCGCAGCUGAUCGAUACAGGAGCUUCUCAUUCUCCUUCUGUGCGCUCAAUCCCCCGCGGACCACCCCGAAAACCGAAGCAGUCGGGCCAUGCGCUUUGGGUCGGAAAUUUGCCCCCAGGCACGACAGUGGUGUCAUUGAAGGACCAUUUCUCCCGUGAGGCCACAAAGGAUAUUGAGAGCUUGUUUUUAAUAUCCAAAAGCAACUGCGCUUUCGUCAACUAUCGAACCGAAGCAUCAUGCACUGCUGCAAUGCACCGAUUUCACGACUCGCGUUUCAACGGUGUACGUCUAGUCUGUCGACUACGCCGCAGCUCAGCACCUGCAUCAGGGAUACCUACAGGGCCGUCGGCUAUGGUCGGCGCACAGCAACCUACUCCAUCCCCGCCAACAAUGCCGAAGCCGGAUGGUGAGGCCGUGGAUGACUUGCAAGAGGGAGUCUCGGACUCUCCGGCGAACGACACAGACGGCGAGACCCCUGCCAGUUUAACUGCCUCUAAUAAAUACUUCAUCGUCAAAAGUCUGACGUUGCAAGACCUCGAGCUCAGUAUACAGAACGGCAUCUGGGCCACGCAGUCCCACAACGAGGAGGUCUUGAACAAGGCCUACCAGUCGGCGGAGAACGUCUUUCUGAUUUUCUCAGCUAAUAAGUCCGGAGAAUACUUUGGCUAUGCUCGCAUGACAUCACCCAUUCUAGAGGAAGGCCCAGAGCUCACACAAUCGGCUCCGAAACCCGAGAACAUUAUGGACGCCCCAGACAUACCGAAGUCGAUCCCCACACCGGCAACAGAAUGGGCACCGAAGGGCAGAAUCAUCGAUGAUUCCGCCCGAGGAACAAUUUUCUGGGAGGCAGAGCUCUCAGAGUCUGAGGCAGAGGAGGAGCUUAUUGAAAAAAUUAAGACUCAGGUUGAUGGCGACCUCCCUGUUGUCGCUCAGAGCUGGGGUAAACUUUUCAAGGUCGAGUGGCUUUCUGCAAAUCGUUUGCCGUUCUACCGUACUCGUGGUCUUCGCAACCCCUGGAACGCAAACCGCGAGGUGAAGAUUGCAAGGGACGGUACUGAGCUGGAACCCAGCGUUGGUGAACGUCUGAUACAGAUGUUUCAUCGUCUGGGUCCGUCGAACUCCGGAGUUCCAAUGAUGCCACCCAUGCAACAAGGGGGAUCCGUCAUCCCUCAGAUCAGACCCUUCUAA